AUGGCAUCCAACGUUCCAAUAAAUGGUGUUAAGAUAUCUCCCAUCGACGAUCCCCACAAGGUUGUCAAGGUCGUCGCAACAGACGGUAAAACAUCAGAACAGAGGGAGAUUGCCUACACAAAUUGUAAAGUCAUUGGAAACGGCUCUUUCGGAGUCGUAUACCAGGCAAAACUCGUAGGAGAGUCGAAGGACAGAGAGGAUAUAGCCAUCAAGAAAGUCCUUCAGGACAAGCGAUUCAAGAAUCGUGAACUACAAAUCAUGAGACUUGUAUCACAUCCAAACGUCGUCGACCUCAAAGCUUUCUUCUACUCCAAUGGAGAAAAGAAGGACGAAGUUUACCUCAAUCUUGUUCUCGAAUACGUCCCAGACACCGUUUACCGCGCGAGCCGUCAUUACACAAAGUUGAAGCAGCCUAUGCCGAUGCUUCAAAUCAAGCUGUACAUGUAUCAGCUUCUCCGGUCACUUGCCUACAUUCACUCAGUGGGCAUCUGCCAUCGCGAUAUUAAACCUCAGAAUCUCCUGUUGAACCCUGCUACGGGCGUUCUAAAUUUGUGCGAUUUCGGCUCAGCAAAAAUCCUCGUCGCUGGAGAGCCAAAUGUUAGUUACAUUUGCUCGAGGUACUACAGAGCACCUGAACUUAUUUUCGGUGCUACCAACUACACAACAAACAUUGACAUAUGGUCGACGGGUUGUGUGAUGGCAGAGCUGAUGCUAGGCCAACCUCUGUUCCCUGGGGAGAGUGGCAUCGACCAGCUGGUGGAAAUCAUCAAGGUUCUUGGGACACCAUCGCGAGAACAAAUUAAGACCAUGAACCCAAAUUAUAUGGAACACAAGUUCCCUCAAAUCAAGCCUCAUCCAUUCUCCAAGGUCUUCCGACCACGCACUGCGCCCGAGGCGAUUGAUUUGGUUGCGAAGUUAUUGGAAUAUACGCCGGGGGCACGUUUAAGCGCAGUAGAGGCCAUGGUGCACCCAUUCUUUGACGAACUACGAGUGGAGGGGGCAAGGAUGCCUAACGGGAAGGAAUUUCCUCGUCUAUUCGACUUUACACGGGAAGAGUUGUCAGUGCGACCGGACUUAAACCGACUUCUGGUUCCCUCACACUGUGAGGCUGAGCUACGCUCACGCUCGAUCGACCUGGAUACUUUUGUGCCGAUACCUCUGGAUCAGCUCAAGAUCACGCUUGAUUGA